AUGAGAGCAAUUCCGAAACCAAUCAGGAAACACCAUGAUUCCCUCAACGUGGUUGAUUUCCCAAUUGAUCACAACCAGAGAAAUGAUGAUCUGGAAGAUGGUACCAAUGAACUGGCCACGGAAAACGGCCCUUGGAGGCACUUUGGCGUAGUGAGCAAUCUUCUGGUCGUAGAUAUACUGCUGGGCUUGUCCAGUGAUGUUGUAUCCAAGUGCUUGCAGGAACAUCAGGGCGUCUCCGUUACCGGGGAUAGCGUAUCCAACAAUCAACUCGACAAAAACUUGCAACGUGAAGUAAUAACCAGUAACGGCGUAGAUAACACAUAG